AUGGAGGGUUAGUUAAAUUGUAAAAAGUGAAACAGUCCAUUUUAGUCACACCAUUUUCAUCAUGGCUCCUUCUCAGCCGCAGCCACAAGAGCCAAAAACCAUUCCCAUCAAAAUCUUGUUAGACAAACAAGCCAACAAGAUUGUCGCAGUGGAAGCAACACAGGACUUCGUUGACACUCUCUUCAGUUUCCUCUCCCUUCCACUCGCCACCAUCAUUCACCUUGUCACAACCACCCCCACCACCACCGACACUAACAGCGAUCAACAGCCCCCGGAACCACCGUUCCUGAGCAGCAUCAACAACCUCUACCAAAGCGUUCAAAAUCUCUCCCCAAACGAUGUCUGGAACCCUGUCUGCAAGCAAAUGUUGCUGCGUCCCCGGAACCCCUGUGAAGCACUGUGCUCCAAGCUCUUUUUCAAUGUUGAUGAUGCCACAACUAUGGUUUUUGUCUGCGAUUCAUGUAACAAGUUUACUUUUUUUCCCAGCCUGGUUUGUACAUGUGGGAAACCCGUUAGACAGCCCAAGAACUUGGAUUCCGAGGGAAACGUGGAAGCCAAAGGUGGUGUGUUUGUGAAACAAAAUGGGUCAUUGUUUCUGGUCUCUGAUGAUUUGAAGGUUGUUCCUAGUUCUUUGGUGACAUCCAUGCAGCAUUUGCUGCAAAUGGGGUAUUCAGACUUGAAUCAAUUGGAGGAAAUCACACAGAAUAUUGGCAAGCAGGAGAUAUUGAAGCUCCUCAAGUACACCAUAACCUCUCAUGAGCCUCUGACUAAAGCAAUUUUAGGAUGUGACUCCAAGAAGAAAGAUAACCUGCCGGACCAGUUUGCAUCAGCUGUUAGAGUAAGACCUAACACUAGUGACAGUAAAAUGGAUGUUAAGGUAGUGCGAAGUAAAUCUCAGAACAAGAUAAUCUUUGUUGAAGCUAAUGAAGAUUUUGUUGACUUCAUGUUUAGCUUCCUCACCAUGCCAUUGGGGUCCAUUGUAAAGCUUUUGGGUGGUAACUCUUUUGUUGGAUGUGUUGAUAACUUGUAUAAGAGCGUGGAAACCUUGGACUCUUCAUGGUGUACAGACUCGCGCCCUUUGUUACUCAAUCCUGGAUUGGCACCGCAGUUUGGUUGUCCAAAUCAGCCCCUCAACAUUCCUGAUGUAGAACCUCCUACCUAUUAUUAUGGUACUGGUGAUACAAGACAAAAAAUUAAUGUUUAUGAACCGUAUCAGGGAUAUGUAGAUAAAGUAGUAACCAUAGAGGGAGGAGUUAUUUCUAAGUCAAGCGGAUUAGUUUAUGAUCCAAGAACAUUGACUGCGCUGGACCCAAGAUCCCCUAAUAGAUCGAAAGAAGGUGUUGUGGGAUUUGUGAAGAGACCAGCAUUAUAUGGUGUAGGAGAUGAUCUAAUAGUGAAACCACUAUCUUAUUGUCUUUCAUAUUUGAAAGAAUUAUGUCUUCCCCUUGAAGAUCUUGAAGUGAAAGUGAUAACCAUUGGAGAGGCCGAGGCCUUGAGCCUCCUUGGAGCUUCUUUGACAUCAAAGUCUACCUUGACUAGUGGAUUGGAGGACUUUUUGGAUGUGCCAAAACAAGAAUCAACAUUGACAUCAAAGUAUACACAUACUAGUAGGCUUGAUUAUCUUUUAAAGGAGGAGCCUAAACCAGAAGCCUAAGUUCUCGAUCACUUGCUGUUUCUGCCUGUGUUUUGAAUAUUACUUUAUGGUUUACAGUAUGAGUCAGACUUUAUGGUUUGGCUUCACCUAUUACAGUAUUACCACUACUUACUGGUUUUCGGUUCUUUUCCAGUUUUGUGGACUUUUAGUUGUAUAAUACUUUAGAACUGAUUAUCGUAAAUAUUAACAGCAACACUGCUUGUUAUUGCGAAUUUGA